AUGGAUCGACCAUCUGCGUCCCGGCCGGACCUCUAUUUGAUCACCGAUCAAGAUAUCAUCUACGAACAAGAUCUGCUUCGCGACGCUACUAGUGUCAAGCCAUGGCUUGCCUAUAUCGAAUUUAAGCAGCAAAAUGGCACCCUCUAUGAGCAAGCAUUUGUCAUGGAGCGCGCUUGCAAGCAAUUACCGCGUUCCUACAAGCUCUGGAAGAUGUAUCUGGAGUUCCGAACAGAGCAUUUGAAGGGCCGCAAUCCCACGGUAUAUCGCGCCGAGUACCAGAAAGUAAACGCCCUCUUCGAACGGGCCCUGAUCCUGCUGAACAAGAUGCCGCGCAUCUGGGAGAUGUACCUCUCCUUCCUGCUCCAGCAACCCGUUGUGACCCAGACUCGACGAACCUUCGACCGUUCCCUUCGCGCUCUGCCGGUGACGCAGCACAACCGUAUCUGGAGACUGUACAAAGGCUUCGCUCGGUCUGCUUCCGGACAGACCGCCAUCAAGAUCUUUGGUCGGUAUAUGCAAAUUCACCCCGAGAACGUCGAGGACUACAUCGAGCUUCUCGUUGAAAAUGGUGAAUAUACGGAAGCCGUGAAGAAAUUCAUGGAUAUCCUUGACGAACCACGAUUCAAGUCCAAACAUGGCAAGGGUCCAUUCCAGAUAUGGUCGGAGAUGGUUGAUCUCCUGGUCUCCAAGGCCAAGAAGAUUGAGACCGGCCCUCAGGUCGGGAUUGAUGUUGAAGCCAUUCUCCGGAGUGGUAUCGAGCGUUUUGCUGACCAGCGGGGCAAGCUGUGGGCCGGGUUGGCCACAUACUGGAUCACUAAGGGCAACUUCGAGAAGGCACGGGAUGUCUUUGAGGAAGGAAUCACUACUGUCAUGACGGUCCGUGAUUUCACUCUCGUCUUCGACUCCUAUGUCGAAUUCGAGGAGUCUAUCAUUGGAAGCCUGAUGGAAGGCGCAGCCGCUCGCUCUGACAAGGGUAAAUCCGACGAGGAUGCCGACUUCGAUCUUGACCUCCGCAUGCUGCGCUUCGAGCAGCUGAUGGACCGCAGACCAUUCUUGGUGAACGAUGUACUUCUACGGCAAAACCCUCACAACGUCAUCGAAUGGGAGAAGAGAGUAGCACUCUGGGGCGAUAACAAGGAAGAAGCUGUCCACACCUACACAGAUGCCAUUGCUGCAAUUAACCCCAAGAAAGCGCUUGGGAAGUUCUCCGAGCUUUGGGUCAAUUACGCCAAGCUUUAUGAGAACGGUGGGGACUUGGAUACUGCAAGAGUCAUUUUCGACAAAGCUGUCAAGGUCCCAUUCAAGUCUGUAGCUGAACUGGCAGAGACCUGGUGUGAGUGGGCCGAGAUGGAGCUCCGUGCCGAGAAUUUCGACAAAGCAGUCAGUAUUAUGGCGAAGGCGACACAGGCGCCUAAGAAAUCGACGGUGGACUACUUCGAUGAGACACUGUCUCCGCAGCAAAGGAUCCACAAGAGCUGGAAGCUGUGGAGUUUCUAUGUUGAUCUUGUUGAGAGUGUUUCGUCUCUGGACGAAACCAAAAAGGUGUACGAGCGGAUCUUCGAGCUUCGCAUCGCCACAGCUCAAACUGUCGUUAACUAUGCCAAUCUCUUGGAAGAAAACAAGUACUUCGAAGAGUCUUUCAAGGUAUACGAGCGAGGCUUGGAUCUUUUCACGUAUCCGGUUGCAUUCGAACUUUGGAACUUGUACUUGACCAAGGCUGUGGACCGGCAGAUCGGCAUUGAGCGACUCCGCGACCUGUUUGAGCAGGCCUUGGAGGAUUGCCCCCCCCAAUCUCUUUAUCUGAUGUACGGCAACUUAGAAGAAGAACGCGGUCUCGCACGGCACGCGAUGCGGAUAUACGAGCGUGCAACUCGGGCAGUCUCUGACGAGGACCGCUUCGAGAUGUUCGAAUUCUACAUCACAAAGUCGGCCUCCAACUUCGGUCUCACAUCUACCAGACCAAUCUACGAGCGCGCCAUUGCCGCGUUGCCCGACCAGGAGGCCAAAGAAAUGUGUCUCAAAUUCGCCGAGAUGGAGCGACGACUCGGCGAGAUCGACCGUGCUCGCGCGAUCUAUGGCCACGGAUCCCAAUUCUGCGAUCCCCGGACAAACGCUCACUUCUGGCAGAAGUGGGAGGUAUUCGAAGUCAACCACGGAAACGACGAUACUUUCGCCGAGAUGCUUCGUGUCAAGCGAAGUGUUCAGGCUCAAUACAACACCGACGUCAACUUCAUUGCAUCGCAAGCCAUUGCCAGGAGUCAACAGCAGCUCCAGACAGGCGAAGAAGGCGAAGGCGACGAAGACCAACGACGCGCAGAUGCCAUGGCGGAAUUGGAACGUCAAGCUCGUGCCCCAGUUGGCUUCGUGGCUGCUAGCAGCGGUCCGGAGGGAGGUAACCGUCCUCCACCUGCCGGCCAAAAGCCAGCUACUGCCGAGGCUAACCCCGACGCCAUUGAUCUUGAUAUGGACGAUGAAUAG